CAGCAAAAACACAAAAGCCUUCUUCUUUCUCUUCUUCGAAAAAAAAUUAAAUUAAAAAUCUCCUCUUUCGUCUGUAUAUACACACAGAUACACGUUUUUGUGUGUGUUUUUCGAUCGAUUUUUUGUUGAAUUUGGUGAAUAAUUGUUGAUUUUUGAGCCAAUGUUUGGUGGAUUUUUGUAAUUUGAAUCUGAUUAAGGAGUGAUAGAGUUUUACGUGAUGAAUUUUGAAUUUUUGAGGUUUUUUUUGGUGGAAUUUGAUGGAUAUUGAGGAAUUGUUGUGAUGUUUGUAGUGGAGGAUUAGUGAAUUUUGAAAAUUUUGAAUUCAGUUGAGGAUUUUUUGAGUUUUGUUUGAAUGGAGAAAAGUGAGGGAGGGGAUUCUUUCCCUCCAAACAAGGGACAAUCGGAGGUUGUUGUUUCUUCUACGGUGGGUACAGGAGUGGAUUUUCCGGCGAAGAAGCUGGCAAGGCAGCUGGAUUUCACGGUGUUUGGACAAUCUCCGGCGGCCGCCGUUACGGCUGUGACGGAGAAGAGUCAGAAGAUUCAGCCGUUAGUAAUGACGACGUCUGGUACACAAAUCGUACCAGUGAAGCUAACGCCGGUGCAAAGGCCACAAUUACAGCCGCCACCACAGCCGCAGCAACAUAUGGUGUUGAUGCCGAUGAAACAAACGGCGGUGCCUCCGACUCAUCCUUCAAUACGACCUCCGAAACCAGAAUCUCCAAGAGCACGUCCAAGGCAAAGUGCUAGUGAAGUAAAAGAUGGUACUCCUAAAAAGCAAAAGCAGUGCAACUGCAAACACUCUCGAUGUUUAAAGUUGUAUUGUGAAUGCUUUGCAUCUGGAGUAUACUGUGAUGGGUGCAAUUGUAACAAUUGUCAUAACAAUGUUGAAAAUGAGCCUGCUAGGCGCGAAGCAGUUGAAGCUACUUUAGAGCGUAAUCCACAUGCAUUCAGGCCUAAAAUUGCCAGCAGUCCACAUGGAGCUCGAGAUAAUAAGGAGGAAACUGGGGAUGGUUUAGUCUUGGCAAAGCAUAACAAAGGAUGCCACUGCAAGAAAUCAGGUUGCCUCAAGAAGUACUGUGAGUGCUUCCAAGCCAAUAUUCUUUGCUCUGAAAAUUGUAAAUGCAUGGACUGCAAAAAUUUUGAAGGAAGUGAAGAGAGGCAGGCUCUUUUUCAUGGAGAUCAUGCAAACAAUAUGGCAUAUCUCCAACAGGCAGCAAAUGCUGCGAUCACAGGUGCCAUUGGAUCUUCUGGUUAUGGAUCUCCUCCAGUGAAUAGGAAAAGAAAGAGCCAGGAACUGUUCUUUGCGUCAACAAUUAAGGACCCUGUUCACAGGCAUGGACAACUCCAACAGGGGAACCAUAUUAAAUCUUCUGUCCUACCUUCAUUGUCUUCAAGCCCUGGUCCAUGUGUUGGAAAUGCUACAACAGUGGGUCCUUCCAAGUUUACUUACAGGUCUCUGUUGGAAGACCUCAUCCAACCUCAGGACUUGAAGGAACUUUGCUCAGUUUUAGUUGUAUAUUCAGGAGAAGCAGCAAAGAUGCUGGCAGAUGAAAAGGAUGCUUCAAAAAAACAGGCUGAGGGGCAGACAGAAGCUUCCCUUGCUUCGUCAACUCAGGAGCGAGUACAGAACCAGAAAGAUUCUGGUUCUGAGAAGGAUAUGCUUGUUUGUUGUUCGAGUGGGGACCAGGGUGAGAAAAUCAGCAUGGAAGAGUCUAGUUUGGAUGGUGCUGAUGUAUCAAAAAGAAGACCAAUGUCUCCUGGGACAUUAGCACUAAUGUGUGAUGAAUCAGAUACCAUGUUUGCAGCUGCCAUUACUUCCCCUAAUGAUCUAGCAACUCUUGGAUGUAAUACAUCCUCUCAAUUGCCCCAUGGGCAGGGCAUGACGGAGACAUAUGCAGAGCAGGAAAGGAUUGUAUUGACGAAAUUUCGUGAUUGUCUUAAUAGGCUUGUCACUCUAGGAGAAAUAAAAGAAAAAAAAUGUUCUUCAAUGGUGCGGGGUAUUGACUUCGUUGAUCAAAAGGAUAUGAUUGGUAAUGGUUUUACUACGACUGAAACGAGGAAUCAACAUGAUUCUUUUAACAAUGGUGUUUCCAAUUCUCCUCUUCCUCAGCCAAGAACAACUCAGAUGUUUAGUUCAGUAGCAACUACUGCUAAUAAUAACGCGCUUCCUAAAGUUCAUCGUCCAGAUGAGAAUGGGGAUGUCAAGCCAACAAUCUGAAAGAAAAAAUUAUAGUUAGCUUUAGAAUGAGAUUUGCCUGUAAACUGCUGCAUCUUUGUAAUAUUAGGCGCUUUUAUUCUUUCAGUCUUUUCUUUGAUGUAGCAGCAAAAUUCAUCAAGGCCCCAUUUGUUAGAACUAACAAGCCUUGUAACUUCUUAGCACAUUUACUUUAGUGCAAUUUCAAUCAAAAAUUGCAUUUUGUUCAACUUCCCCUUG